AUGAAUCUCUUGGCCGCCUGCUUCGUCGUCCUCCUCCUCGCCGGUGCACCCGGUGUGGCGGAGUCCCGGCGGCACCGUCACCACCAUCAUGACGACGACGACGGCAGCCGCCGCAGCCCCCCGGCGGGCAACAAGCAGCAGCGCACGCAGAAGCUGUUCGUGUUCGGCGACGACUUCGCCGACACCGGCAACGGCGCCUCGGACCCCGACCUCGGCUACAACUCCCGCGAGUGGCGCUACCCCUUCGGCAUGUCGGACACGGCCCACGCCAGGCGCCCCAGCGGCCGCUUCUCCGACGGCCUCGUCCAGUCCGACUUCAUGGCCAAGAUCAUGGGCCGCCGCGAGGCCCCGCCGCCCUACGCCUACGACGACUGGGCCGACGGCAUCGACGCCGCCGGCCUCAACUUCGCCGUCGGCGACUCCGGCGCGCUGGACACGCCCGCGGGGGUCACCAGGCUCGGCAAGCAGGUCCAGCAGCUCAGGCGCCUCGUCAAGGACGGCCGGGUCGAGCGCCGGGACCUCAGGGACUCGGUGGCGCUCGUCGCCUACUCCGGCAAUGACUACGCCUACGCCGACGACGACGAUCUGGUGGAGACGGUGGUGGAGGAGCUGGCGAGCGUGGUGUCGGAUCUGCAGGACCUGGGCGUCGGCAAGGUGCUGGUGAACACGGUGCCGCCGUUCGGGUGCUCGCCGUGGCUGACGAGGCAGUUCAACUACACGGCCUGCGACGACAGCGGCAACGCCGGCUCCGACAGGCACAACGCGGCGCUCCGGGACCGGCUGGGCGCCGGCGGCGGGGACGACGGCGUGAUGCUCCUGGACGUGAACAGCAUCAUCACGGACCUGGUGGCGCCCAGGGAGGAAGGGUCGCCGGCGCUGGCGGCGCGGUUCACGGAGCUCCUCCGCCCCUGCUGUGAGGCCACUGACGACGGCGCCACCGACGGCGACAGGGGCUACUGCGGCCUCGACGGCGGCUACUCGCUCUGCGACCGCCCCGGGGAGUACUUCUUCUGGGACACCGACCACCCGACGCAAGCCGGCUGGAGGGCCGUCAUGCAGCUCCUCCAGGGGCCCAUCAUGGCCUUCCUCGGAAUCUCCAACCUCGAGCACUUCUGA